UGCUGAAGCCUCGGCUGCCUUGUCUCUCCAUGUGCCGACUGCUCACACAGCCAGGAAUCCGCUUCCUGAGCGUCCAAAUUAAAAAGGGACCUCCGCAUUUCGCUUGAUAAUUCUCAUCUGUCUUCACUCUGCGAAUUAUAAAGGAAGUGCAACAGCAAGCCGCACGGCUCUGUUUGCUUUUUGCAGGCGUUAAAAUUCUCGCUUUGCUUGUUUUUGUUUUUAAGCCCUGGAAGUAUUCUUUUUCAACACAAGGACGUGUUCUGUAGCUACGCGAAGAGCGACCUCGACUUCACUAGACAUGUGUAUGAGACAAGACUGUCAGUUCAAGACCCUCUUCGCGGUUUUGUUUCUGGCUGCUGCCAUGGCCAAAAUACAUGGACAAGGUCCAAAGGAAAGUAACGGACUCAGUAAGAGGACGCUGGGCCCAGACAGGGACUCAUCAUCACAGGACACAGAGAGCGAAGUGCACUCUGUCACCACGGCCUCGCCAAUGAACAUCCCCAACCACCAGCCUGUUCUCAAGGGCCUGCUGCUUCAUGAGCACCUACUUACAAGGGACUUCCAGGGGGACCAGCACUUUUUUAGGAGGGAUGGCUCUUUGGCUGCAUAUUCCACCAUGCCAGGCUCUGUGUCUGCCUCAGAUGCAGGAGACCCUGUUACCCAGCUGGUGCCCCAUGAAGAUUCCCCAGCCUUCUCAGACAUUGCCACUACUGCCACUGCAGCUGCCACCUCCCCACUGACCACAUUUUCUCCGACAACACCAAGGCCGCCCAUGUCUCUCUCUGAAAAGAAGUCUUCAAAGGAGAAGACCAGGGGGACAGACAAGGUAGAGCCAACAACAGACUCCCUCACCACCCAAGUGACACCAAUAAAGAGAGGUUCAGUCAGUGAAAACAACCCAGUGGCUUCCCAGUCCUCACAGAGAAGUCGGCCUCACAGUUGGAGUGCUUUUCCUGCAGAGACCACUUUUGCACCCUCCUCAAUGAGGAUGGGGAAAGGGGAAGCUAGGGAGACAGCACUGAAAAACAAAACCAGCCCUGAUCGUCCGCUUCCUGACCUAACUUCAGCAUCCCGAGAAGAAGGUACCAUCACAACGUCCACAACCGUUAUCACAACUACCACCAUCACCACCAUGCAAACAGCAGAGCCAUGCAGUCUGAAUUUCACUGACCCUGAAGGUAACAUCGAAAUCCUGCAGCAACUUGACUCUGGAGUGGAGUGUAACUACUUGAUUACUGUCUACCUUGGAUAUGGCAUUGAGGUUCAGGUGCUAAAUGUGAGUGUGUUGGAGGGAGAGCAGGUGACAGUGGAGGAUACGGGUGGCCGAGAACCAUUCAUCCUUGCCAAUGAGUCAGUAUUGAUGAGGGGCCUCGUACUACGCAGCUGGAGCAACCAGAUAUCUAUCCGAUUUCGCAGUGACCAACAGCAAAACUCUGGGUUCCUCUUGCUGCAUUACCAAGCCUUUGUGCUGAGCUGUGCAUUUCCCGAAGAGCCUGCUGGGGGAGAAGUUUCUGUGACGCACCUCCAUGCUGGCGGAGAAGCCUACUUCCACUGUUUCACCGGCUACAAAUUGCAAGGCUCCAAAAUGCUCACCUGUCGCAAUGCAACCACACCUUACUGGAGUGGGAAAGAGCCCCGAUGUGUGGUAUCCUGUGGGGGAAUGAUAAAAAAUGCCACCUAUGGUCGCAUUGUCUCUCCUGGUUUCCCUGGCAACUACAGCAACAAUCUGACGUGCCACUGGGUCCUGGAGGCCCCUGAAGGCCAUCGGCUUCACAUUCACUUUGAGAAGGUGGCUCUGGCAGAGGAUGAUGACAGGCUGCUGAUUAAGAAUGGCAACAACAUAGACUCUCCCCCUGUUUAUGACUCCUAUGAGGUCGAGUAUUUGCCCAAUGAGGGUGUGCUCAGUACUGGACGUUACUUGUUUAUAGAGUUCACCACAGAUGGAACAAUGACCUCCACUGGUGCAGCCAUCAGAUACGAAGCUUUUGCGAAAGGUAUGUGCUAUGAGCCCUUUGUGAAGUAUGGCAACUUCAGCAGCAGCGACUCCACCUACAGUGUGGGUGCAGUGGUUGAAUUCUCAUGUGACCCUGGCUACACGCUGGAGCAAGGCUCUGUAGUGAUUGAGUGUGUGGACACUCAAAAUCCACAGUGGAAUGAGACGGAGCCGGCUUGUAGGGCUGUGUGCAGCGGAGAGAUCACAGACUCUGCCGGUGUGGUGCUGUCUCCUAAUUGGCCUGAGGCCUAUGACAAGGGGCAGGACUGCAUCUGGGGUAUCCAUGUGGAAGAGGACAAGAGGAUCAUGCUUGACAUCCAAGUUCUCCAUGUUGGUAAGAAUGACCUGCUGACCUUCUAUGACGGUGAUGACCUGACAGCGAACAUCCUGGGCCAAUACAGUGGCACACGGCCACACUUCAAGCUCUAUACCUCCAUGGCUGAUGUCACUAUUCAAUUUCAGUCAGAUCCUGCCACCAACAUCUAUGGUUACAACAAUGGCUUUGUGGUCCACUUCUUUGAAGUGCCGAGGAACGACACCUGCUCUGAGCUGCCAGAGAUCACCAACGGCUGGAAGAGCACGUCCCACCCUGACCUCAUCCACGGCACCGUCGUCACCUACCAGUGUUACCCUGGAUAUGAGCUGGUAGGCUCUGAGAUCCUCAUGUGCCAGUGGGAUCUCACUUGGAGCGGUGAUGUUCCAAGAUGUGAGGAAGUUAUGACAUGUCAGGACCCUGGAAAUGUGGAGCACAGUCAUAAGAUGAUCACAGGCAGCCGUUUCACCGUUGGAUCGUCAGUGCAGUUUAUCUGUAAUAAAGGCUACAUCCUGUCUGGCAGCAGCCUCCUCACCUGCUACAACCGAGAUUCAGCCACACCCAAGUGGAGCGAGAGGCUGCCCAAGUGUGUCCCUGAAAAGUAUGAGCCAUGCAGGAACCCUGGCGCUGCCUCCACCAGUGUGCAGAGCUCUGAAAAGGCGUUUUAUCAAGCAGGAGAGAUUUUGACCUUCUCCUGCCACUCAGGCUACGAGCUGCAGGGUGAGGCCACCAUCUACUGUAUCCCUGGACACCCGUCACAGUGGAAUAGCACUCCCCCCGCCUGCAGAGCAUCCUCAACCCAGUAUGUGAACGAACGCAGGCUAGAUGUUGUUAAUAUGGAUUAUAGCAUGGAGGGAACCAAUAUUGCUCUUGCAGUUUUUAUUCCAACUGCAAUCAUCUUGGUGGUUGUCCUUGGGAUUUACGUCUACUUUGCAAAACUCCAAGGGAAGUCUAUCAGAAUGCCUACAUCCUCGCCACCGUAUGACAACAUGACAGAAGAGUCAGCUUUUGACAACCCUAUAUAUGAGAGCGGACACUGGCAUUCUCAUUCUAGAUACUAAACCCUGUCACUGUCCAUUUUGGCUGUACUGCUGAAGAACUAUGAGGACAAAUGAAAAAGAUUAAGAGGUGUCCAUUUAGAGACCUUAAAGCAAGAAUUGCUCAAGCUUUGCCUUUUGGGACCCUCUCUGCACUGUUCAUCUCUUCGUCCAACUGUUUUGUUCCCAAAUGAUUUCUUUAAAUUUUUCCAUUGUGUGGAUUACUGUAAAUAUAUCUUUCUUUUCAUGCUCAAAUCUGUGAAUCUGUGGAUCACCAUGGUGAUAUUUUUAUAAAGUAAAUUGCUGAUGACCGUUGGUGAUGUUUUUGAGUACUUUUUGAUGCCCUACGCCAGUAGCAAUUAGAAACUGAGGGAAAUGGUGCUUUGAUUGUUGAGAUCUGUUGGACACAAAUUCCCCAUCACCCAACAUUCUUUGAAAAUUUGCCAUCAUUACUUUCUUUUCUUUGUGUGUAUUGGUCUGCUAUUUGUAAAUAAACUGCCUGUCAAAUAUGAGUGCCUCACGACUGACUAUAACCUGAGAAAUCAUCAGUCAAUGUGAAAAUGUUUGUAAAACCGAAUCUUUUGUUUUAUUAUUUUGCACAUGUAGGCCUGACAUUCUUAGCACUCCACACUGUGUACAGUCUUUUCCAUCAUACAGUUUCUCUUCACGAGACAAAAACAAAUGAUGCCGGAUAUUUUCCUACUAGCUGUGGUUCCAACUGCAUAUAGCCUCAGAGGAUUUCUCAGAUACAUGUUUUCAUAUGGGACCCAUCAGCUAUGCAUAAAGUUCUAUUCUUAUGUCACACUGUACACUCUGCCUCAAAGGAUAAGUAGCAAUUUGUUAAUUUGUGUAUGUGGUUGCACCUCAGCAUUAGCAGACCCUGAGAUAAAACCCAGUGAUAGCCUACAGUAAACACAGCAGUUAACUUACUGAUGCAUGCUGUUGAGUCAAACAUCAGAUCGAUUCCUGCGUUGCAAAUCAACAAUUAAAACUGUACAGUGUGCAAAAUGGAUCUUUAUGUAACAGACUGGUUUUUACUUUGGGUCACAUUGUGCUUGUGUUAAAUUUGUAAAUAGACCUCAUAUCCUUUGUGCAUAUCCUUUAUACUCUAACAAAUCUUUCUUUCAACAUCACAGCUGGUGCAACCACAGCCAGGAAACCAAAUCACCUUCAAAUAUCUAUAACCCUCUGAUUAAUAAUAAAAUUAAUUGUUGUUUAAA